AUGCACAUGGCUGCAGCUUGUGCUGGACGCAACCCUGACAACUGCUGCUUGAUCCUGCUGAUCUUCUACACUGAUGGUUUCAGCCACCAGCAGACUUGGCCCAAGAGCAUUGACACCAUCUACAUGAACCCCAACUGUUUUUCUCAGCCUGGCAUGGCGUUGGCUUUGAGUUUGAUAGGUGGCAAGAUGGCAAGUGUGCAGGUUCUCAAGAUAUUGCUGCUUGGCCUCAUUGACAAGGACAAGCUCAAGUGUUGGAAACAACACAUUGAUAUCAUUGACUUCCUCAAGCAGCCAGGAUUCUCCAAGGUGGAUCUCAGGCAGUUGACCAAGAUGGUCAACAGGUGGAAGAAGGAUUUCUACUCAAUCUACAGGGGCCAGGUGGUGCAAGAGAGUGGCUCAAGAUUGAGUGGAGUGCAGCCAAGCUUUGAGCUUCCCAACCUCAAGAUGAUCAAUUGGGCUGAGCAGAUUUGGUUUCUCAGGCCCCCCUGGCUUCAAUCAACUGGCUUGUGGGAGUGCAAGCACCAGGACUGCAAGAUGACAAUGUGA